AUGACAACAGAACAAGAACCACUUUUAUUAUACUUAUUAGGAGAUUCAUUAACGGAAGGAUAUGUAGAUUUUGGUACAGAUUUUCAUUCAUAUAGUAUCAAUUUACAAAAAAGAUUCAAGCAAGCUGGAAUUGAAGUUGUUGUUAAAGAGGAAGGGGUAUCAGGUGAUCGCGUUCGUUCAAAAAAUAUGGAAAAAAGAUUAAGGAAAUUUUUGGGGGAAGUUUCGAAUAAAAAUCAAAGAGUUGACUGGGUUAUCAUAAUGGGAGGUACAAAUGAUCUGUUUACAUCGAGUGCGGAAAGCAUUUUUGAAGCUUUAAAAGGACUUUAUGACGUUUGUGAAGAAUAUAAUACCAAAGUUUUAGCAAUGUCUAUCAUUGAAUCUAGAGCGGCAUUGUCUUCGUCCAAAAAUAACGAUAAAAGGACAAAAAUCAAUGAAUUUAUUAAAGAUUAUGCAAAAACGAACGAAAAUGUUACGUUUUAUGAUUUAGCCAAGGAUCUACCAUAUGAAGAUAAUUUAGAUUGGGAUCUUGAUGGUCUUCAUUUGACAACCAGUGGAUAUGAUCGUAUGGGGGAUUUGAUUUUUGAAUCAUUAUAUAAAGAGAUUAAACCAAACUAA